CCGAGAAGGGGCGACCGGAGGCAGCUGCUGCGGCCGCCGCUGCACCUGGUCGGCUGAGCUGGAGAGGCAGAAGCGGUCCGAGCACGCCUCGCACCGGCAGGCCCUGCUUCCCAGAGGCGGCUCGGCGCCGCUGUCCCGCUCCUCGCUCAUGGCUUCGUCCGGCAGCGGCAUGGAGGAGGUGCGCGUUUCGGUGCUGACCCCGCUGAAGCUGGUGGGGCUGGUCUGCAUCUUCCUAGCGCUGUGUCUGGAUCUGGGAGCUGUGCUGAGCCCGGCCUGGGUGACGGCCGACCACCAGUCGUACCUGUCCCUCUGGGAGACCUGUACCAAGUCCAGCAACUUGGACUCCUGGGACUGCGCCUCCACUUUGAACAGCGAUUGGCAGAUCGCUACACUUGCUAUGCUGUUGGGGGGUGCUGCCAUAAUACUUAUAGCUUUCUUGGUUGGAUUAAUUUCGAUCUGUGUGGGGUCACGAAGGCGGUUCUACAGACCAGUCGCUGUCAUGCUGUUUGCAGCAGUGGUUCUUCAAGUGUGCAGUCUUGUCCUUUAUCCAAUCAAGUUCAUCGAAACAGUCAAUUUGAGAAUAUACCACGAGUUCAACUGGGGCUAUGGCUUAGCUUGGGGUGCAACUAUAUUUUCAUUUGGGGGGGCCAUACUUUAUUGCUUAAACCCUAAGAACUAUGAAGACUACUACUAAAGGAGCUACUUAAAUAAGAAGAGAAAGAAAACAAGGAUUGUUCUGUCUUUUCUAACUCAGUGUUUUUAGUACUUUUGUAGAGUAUCAAGCAGUUUGCUCUGUGGAUUUAUCAGCCUUUUACCUUUUGGCUACAGUUACGGCAAGUAGCUUUUUAACAGCCCCAGAAAAGAACUACAAAGUUUACACCUGCUGAUGAAUCCAUAGGAAAAUGCUAUAAGCUGCUGCUAUGUUACUGUCACUUUUUCUUAGCACUAGGUUGGAGGCAGCAGCAUCAUGAGGAAACAAGCUGGAAUGAGUUUGUUAUAGUCUGCAAGAGAGUCGCUGGCACAAGAACAAUGUAGAAGUAUCUUUAUAGGAUUCAACAGUUCUUCUGGGCCACAACUGAUACCACUUCAAUGAAUUGACCUUCCAGGAUUCUUGCUGAAAUAAAAAUGAAAGUCCAAGUGACAGAUACUGAGAAAAGUUAAUAUAAUUGAUUAAUGAUUUCCCUAAUAGUUUCCUGACACUACAUGUUUCCCAACACUACAUGUUUAUGCAUUGGCAGUCCAUAUUUUCCAGCCAGCUGUGGUCUGUCAGGAAGACAAAACUUGGAAAUGCAUUCUUCCAAUUAUGUGGUUGGACACUAUGUCUCAGCUGUAACCAAGUACUGGAAAUAACAUGGAGAAGGACACAAUCUGUUAUUUCCACUGAGAAAAUUUAAGAAGAAAAGAAUACACGCAUGAGGUAGCUGCAUUUGUCCUGAACACUGUUUGGUUUUAAAACACUGCAGUAAAAUUUCCAUAUGCAACAAGCCCAACUAUUUUUUAUACAAAACAUUUAUUGGUAUGAAAUUGCUAUACAGAUAAAAGUAUAGAGAGGAAAAACUAAUCCUGAUAAUGGGAGGCUUAGCAGCAGAAGCUCUAAGCAAGUCUAGAUUUUCAAGAACUGCCUCUGGGUAUUAGGUGGGAUUGAAAUAUUUUAAAUAGUUUCUUCACAUAUUGAUUGAUCUAAAACUUCCUGUCAGUAAAUACAUUUUUAAGAAUGGGGGUGAACUAAUUGCAAAAUCAGAAAUCAUGACGUAAUGCCAGUUGGGCAGAAGUGUUAUGAUAGUGAUACAGAUAGAUAUAAAAACCUUUGUAGUGAUACCUUCUUUGUAGUUCCUUUAAUGAAACCAUCUGUAAGAAUACAAUGUCAAGAUGGAAUGGAAGAAGGAGGCCAAAUACUCAGAUGGCAUUUCUGAACCGCAGAAUGAUUUGUGAUUAAUCAGUUUCUGUGAACAAGUUCUGGAGGACUUGUAGCUACUCAUGUCAAGAUCCAUAUUAAUUCCAAUUGAGUUCCAAAUAAAUUUUUCAUUGGAGUUUCUCACUAGUAAUGAGAAUAACAUAAAUAAAGUAUGCUUGCCAUAGCUUAGAAACUAUGUUUUCAAGCACUUGCUCUAAUGUAAGGAACAGAUGUUUGUAUGGGGUUUUAUUUAGUCCAGUAAACAUCUCUUUUUCUAUAGGAGACUUGUAGGAACCCAGUUAUUAAAAUUAUGCAGUACUAUCAGUAUAGUAUUUAAAUUAUAUUAUACUAUUCAUUUCUUCCACUAAAUUUAAUGGAUUGGCUGACAGUUAUUUGCCUAUAUCAAAGUUUGUUUAAUUUAUUUCUUGCCUAAAUUUUGAAGAAACAGUAUGAAGUCUUCAAAGCCCAAGUUAAUUUGGGGCAGAAAUUUUAAACUGAUUUACAGUACAUAAUUUAUUUUUGUUUACGAUCAGCUUAUUUGGGUAUUUUCAAUUACUUCUGAAAAUAUUUUUAUAUGGUGUAUACAGUUCUAAUAGAAAAUUUAGAAAUAAUUAUUUUUGUUAUAUGGAAAUUAAAAUGUACCCUAGCAUGGACCUCCUUUGAGAGCACAAUCCUCAAAAUCCUCCUUUAGAUGUGCUGCUCUGCGCUGUUGCUCUGUAAUACUUUUACAGACUUUCUUAAUAUUAUGACCUCAUCAAAAUAAUAUGUUUAAUUAUCACAAAUCACACACAUAGAGAAGGAGGGGUAUUCUGCAAAGUGUAAAACCAUUUAUAAAAUGCCACAGCUGUCAAAGAAAUUGGUUUAUUUUUUUAAAAAAAUCCUAUAAGCCUGAUUUUUGCACAGAACCAUAUACCCACCCACCCCUUCACAGAAAGGUGCUGGGGAUGUAACAAAGCAGUAUAUUAAGGAUAAGAAAUUGGUGCAUAUGGUGAUUUUGCACUGCACAUAUAAGGCAAUUAAUACUAUCAUCUCCCCAGCCCCUGCAGCAAUGAUGGACAAUGAGGCGAAGAUUACAAGAGUAAUCAGCACGUAAUUCUAAAUCCAGGGAAAGAGAGAGGGCAGGAGGAAUGUUGAGAAUAUUCUAUUGUAGUGCUAGCUACAAUGGGGGAUGGGAGAUGACCUCUAAGGCUAUUGGGCUGAUAACCUGGGGUGCCACCCCUAGUCAGGGCAACCCUAGCCCAAGGAAUGCCUGCGACAAGAGAUGUACCCAUUCAGCCCACCCUCACACGCUUUGGCCUCACCAAGGGAUGGGGUGUGUCUGCCUGGCCUUGCUGCAGUGAGAUAAGGGAUGCACAUAUCCUGUCUUGCUGCAAGUGAUGGGAUGUGCUUGUCUAGCCUUGCCCCACCCCAAUGCCCAGGUUCUCCACCCCUUUUUCAGGGGGCAGGGUCCUUUCCAGGCCCAUUUCCCCCGUCCUCCACUGUACUAGAUGAUAGUUAGAAAACCCUUACUAGUGGCUAAAACUUUCUGUUCCAAAAAAUCAAUAUAGUUCAAAUGGGGUGUGGCAAGUAUGGAGCAGUAUAAUAUUAAAAACUACAGUGACAUUCCCACAUUGUAGGUGAGGUAGGAUAGUGUUUAUAUUUCCAGGAUGAUAUUUUUAAAUGUGAUCAUAUAAAUCAAGACGGGAGGUAAUGUUUAGAUCAGUUGUGACCAGACUUUUCUGCACGUGUGCCACAACUUAAACCUGAACAUAUGACCUAUUAUCUAGUGUGUGCACAGAGCUCAGUGGCCCAUAUCUCAGUGGUAGGGCUCAUAAGUUUUGUGCUCAAGGUGUCAAGUUCAACCUUAUAGAACCUCAGCUAAGAGGAUACCAGAUAGCAGUGCUGAGAAAGAGUAGGCAGUACUAGCUCAAGGGACUUGGUGGGUUUGACUCCAUACUUGGCAGCUUCAUAUGUUAAUAAGCAACUUUUCACCCUCCACCCCCUUGGUGUGUUUUUAUCAUUCAUUUCCUGAGAUAAGAAGAUGGAAUCAGUGGAAUCAAACUGGUGUAGGCCUGAUUCUCCCAUCCUGACAUGUCACAUACCUCAGCUGCCUGUGCCAUUUGUCACAUCCAUGCCACACAAGUUGGACAACCAUAGUUUAUAUAUGUGGAAAAAAUUCUUUUGUUAAUUUAUUAGCUACUAGAUAAUUUAUUAGAUAUUGCCACUUUAGUUUGAAGGAAAUUGAAACUACAACUGCUGAAAUAAUUAAACAGCAGCAAGAUAUUGGGUUGUCUGCCCCCUCUUUCCUCCUAACCUUGAUCACCUGGCUGGUGGGGCAGGGGGAGUAGGGAGGCAGGCCAGGAGCCACUACAGCAUGUAGCAAAGUAGCAUGUGUAUACUCUGGAGGCCCUGAUGACAUCAUGUCUGGUUGAAAAACCAGAAGCUACAGUGUCUCCGCAGGGACAAAAUCGGCCCUAAUACUUUGUCCCUGUGGAGACACCAUAGCUUCCAGUUUUCAACUGAAAGUGAUAUCAUUGGGAUCACUGAAGCACAGGUGCACAUGAGGGAACUGGAUUGGUGCCCCUGUCUGCCUGUCAACACCUAUACCUCAGUUUUAUGGUAAGGGGGGCUGGCAGCCCUAGUGAGAAAACAUUCUUACAGAGUUAGGUUGGAAGAGGAUUCAAUUAAUCUGCAAAUUUGGGGCAAAUUCUUUGGUUUGGGCCAUGUUCAUCAUUUUUGUGGUGACUGAUGGGGAUACAUCCUACUAGAGGCAGAGGCACAAUUCAGAAUUUUUAGGAAAGCAGGCUUUCAGCCUAAUGCUAGCAACUGAUGACUAGGAUUUGGAUUGUAGCUUUUGUCUUUCUUUCUACAGACCCUAUCACAAAGCACUUAGUGUUAACUACUUUCUUUACAUUAUCAGGCUGCCAUCCUAAGGGCAUUUUCCUGGGAGUAAGCCCCAUUGAAUAACAGGGGGCUUACUUUUGAGUAGACUUGCUUUGGAUUGAAGUGAAACAGUGCUGUCCUAAUUUCAAGCAGGUAGCUGUGUUGGUCUGCAAUAGAACAGCAGGAUUUGAGUACAGUGGCAACUUAAAAGACCAACAAGAUUUACGCAAGAUAUACGCUUUCAAGAAUCAGAGCUACCACCAUCAGAUAACUUGUCAGAUAUGGCAGCAAAUGAAGGUAGCUUUAACUUUCAAAAGCCUGUACUCUGAAAAUCUUGUUGGUCUCCAAGGUGCCAUUGGACUCAAAUAGCACCAUCCUAAGUUACACCUCUCUAGGCCCACUGACUUCAACAGACUUAGAAUGGUAUAACUAUUAUUAUGCUGAUAAGAUACAACUAUCCAAGGAAAACAAAAGAAUCAAUAAUUAUUGUGAUCCUGAUGACUAGGAAAAAUUAUUCUUGCCCUCUUAUGUGCAGAUUUCAAUUACUCAUUGGUUCCUCCUAACUGCCCUCCCCAUUUUUAAAUACAUAAAUCAUUCCAGUAAGCAUAGGAUCUCAGCACUCAAUUACAAGCUAGAUAAAAAGUAAAGCAAAAUUUUUUAAUGGUAUUACAGCAGGAUAUGAAUCUAGUGGCACCUUGGAGACCAACACAAUUUUUUAGGGGUAUAAGCUUUCAAGAGCCAAAGCUCCCUUCUUCAGAUACCACAGUAUUAAACACUUCAACAUUGGUUGUUAUGUGUAAAAGGCCACCUUUACGAUACUACUGUAUUGUAUUAUUUAUUACCACUUCAGUUGUAUUUGGGUUUAUAUCAAAAGCAGGAUGAAUUCAUACUACAUAUCUAUUGUUUGUCUUGCAAAUACACCUAAAUAUGUCCAUACACAUAUCUAUAUCUGUAUACAUAUAGCCAAGCUAACACCAGAGUUAGUGGUUUGUAUUUUUAAAGCUUAAAAGUAUCCCGUCCAGGCUGACAAUUACCAAGCACCACUUCUAGAUUUCUUGCACAACUGCAUUUAGGUUUUGUAAGCUCAACAUUUACAUUUUAAAGACAUAAAUAUAGAGAGAUC